AUGGUGAUUGCAAAAGAAAAUAUAACAAUAUUGCGUAAUUUAGACUUUUUGGAAGUAUCAGAGUUGCCAAAUCCCUUAUGUACGUACCAACUGUACCAGAGUUUCGUCAAUGCGGUCCAAGGAUGCGGUACUGCUAUCAAAAACACCGAGACUGAUCACGAGAGACUUUUGAAGAUGCGAGAAGCUGUACAAAAGCUACCUCCCCCACAUUACAGAACUUUGGAGUACGUUAUGCGACAUCUCGCCAGAGUAUCAAAUCAUAGUGGCAGUACAGGAAUGACGACUAGGAAUUUGGCCAUCGUUUGGGCCCCGAAUUUGCUGAGAUGCGAAGCUUUGGAAGUUGGCGGAGUUGCCGCCCUUCAAGGAGUUGGAGUACAAAUAGCUCAAAACAAAGGUCAGUGUAGCCUGAAUCCCAUCAAAAUAUUAUUGAUUGGUUUAUAUACUAGAAAAAAAAUUGACAAAAACACGGAAAUUGAAUUCUACUCGAAAAUACUGUAA